GCCGCGGCGCCAGGAGCUGCUGGAGAAGUGGCAGGAUAUCUGUGCCAGGCGCCAAAGCUCCCUGGGGCCAGAUGACGUGAGGAGGUUGCUGGAGAAGGAGCUGCCCUGCCCUGGCCCAGCCCCCCGGGGCCCAGCCCUGCUGCCUGUGUGCCAGGACUUCAGCCUGCUGGCCCUGCUGAGCUCAGAGAGGGAGCAGCGUGCUUGGGACAGGGACCAGAAGCCGCAGGACCCGGCUGGGCGCCAGGCCGCCCUGCUGCUCCACACAGACACUCAUGCCUGCUCCCGCCGCUGGCCCUUGCUGCUCGACCCUGAUCAGCAGGCCCUCACCUGGCUCCUCAUGGCUCAGAAAGUGGAGGAGGAUGAGUCCCUGCUCUUUGCCGGCUCGGACACGCUGUCCAGUGCCGAGGAGUCAGGGAGCAAUGAAGAGUCUCCUGAGAAAAAGCUCCAGGUGCUGUCGGCUACAGACCCCAGGCUGGAGCAGAACCUCCUGGCUGCAGCCAGUGCCGGGCUGCCCAUCCUGCUCCUGGACUUCGAGACGAGCCCCUGUUGCCCUGCUCUCCUUCAGCUCCUGCAGAAGGAGACACUGCUGGGGGAAGGGGGCUGCACCCUGCACUCAGAGUCGCUUGGGGCUGUGCAGGUGCUGCCAUCUUUCCGGCUCUACCUGAGCACCACCCUGCCGCUCCGUGCCUUGGGAAAAGAGAUGGACCAUGCGCUCCUGAAGGGCCUGACUGUGAUUGACUUGAGCCUCAGCCAGUCAGCGCUGGAGGAUCUGCUGCUGGAGGAGGUGCUGCAUGCUGAGAGGCGGGAGGCCCAGACCCAUUGGCGCAUGCUGCAGCUGAGCAUCCUGCAGCUGGAGGACAAGCUGGAGGACACGGAGGAGGAGUUGCUGGAGCUGAUUUCGCAGCCAUCGCGUCCCCUGCUGGAGGUGGAGGAGGAGUUCCUGCCCCUUCUGCAGUUGCUGCAAGCCCAGCUUGAGGGCCUGAGAGCCAGUCACCAGCACCUGCUCUCCCUGCGCCAGCACCACCUGGCCGUGCAGGUCCAGUAUCGGCAGGUGGCGCGCCUGGGGGCGGCGCUGCACCAGACCCUGCAGCAGGUGUGCCGGCUACACCCCCAGUACCAGUGCUCCACAGUGAGCUGCCUGGCCGUCGCCCGCAGGGCCCUGCUCGCAACCAAGCGCACCGAAGCCAGCAAGCAGGAGGCGCUGGCGGCCCGGCUGGUGGAGCUCAGCAAGGGCCUAUCCCGCCAGCUGCUGGCCCACGCUCAGCCCCACUUGCAGGAGCCGCACAACCUGCUCCUCAGCUUCCUGGGGGCCUUGACGCCCCUCCGCCUGGCCGGCCAACUCAGCCCACUGGACUGGCUGGCCUUCUCCUGGCACGAGUGCGGGCUGCUGGAGUGCCUGCCUGGCUUCCAGGGCCUGCGGGCCUCCCUGGCCAGGCAGGCUGCCCAGUGGCAGGAGUAUUUUCGCCUGCCUGCCACGGUGGUGGGCCCUGCCCUGAGCCCUAGCCACGCCCACCUCAGUCUCUUACAGCGCGCCGUGCUGUGGCGCAUCUUCCGCCCCGAGCAGCUGUGCAGCACCCUCCAUGACCUCUCCACCUGCCUGCUCGGCCGCCCUAUCUCCGAGGACACCAGCUACAGCGCUGCCACCAUCUAUACCUGCAGCCAAGCCCACCUGCCCCUGCUGUUCCUCACCCCGCCGUGGGGCUCGCCCGGCAUGGCCACACACCCGCUGCACUGGAUCCAGCAGAUGGCCAAGCAACGGCACUGCGGGGGCGUCGUCGUCAUCUCCUUGGGCUCCCCGGGCUGCAUGCGCCACGUGGGUGAAGCCCUCGGCACCUGCCCCAAGCAGGGCCACUGGCUGGUGCUCAACAACUGCCACCUCCAGGAGCAGUGGCACCCAGAGGUGCUUGCACAGCUUAGCAAGCUCCAGAGCCCCCCCGAAGGGGGGGGGAAGGUUCCCGCGCCGCAGCUGGCAGAUGAGAGAGGGGAUGAGAUCCACCCCAAGUUCCGCCUCUGGCUCAUCGCUGCAGCUGGUGCCACGGGGCCUGUGCCAGGUGUGUUGCUGCCGCUGUGGGUGUGGGGAGUGCUGGGUGUGCGCUCUGGGCAGCAGGGGCGUCGUGGGGGGGCUGCGUGCCCGUACCCCCGGCUGGAGGCAGCAGCGAGAGUGAGCCCCAUCUGUCUCUGCAGGCCCUGUGCACCGUCGUGCCGUGACACUGUUCUGCGAAACGCCCCAGGAGCUGAAGAGCAUCCUGCUGCGCAGCUACAGCCAGCUGCUGGGCCAGCCGGCGUGGGACGCUGCCCCGGAGCGAGGGCUGGCCCUGCUGGUGCUGCACGCUGUGCUGCUGCACCGCCAGCACUACGGCCACCUGGCCCAGGCCCGGCUCUACCCCUGGUGAGUGAGGCCAGGCCGACCCCGCCCCGUCUCCUGGCACCUGCAUUUCCCCCACUGCCCAAGGGGCUCAGCGCCCACUGCUGUUCCCCUAGGAGCGAGGCGGAGCUGUUCACGGGCCUGAGGCUGCAGGAACGGCUGGCAAAGGUGGUGGCCAACCCUGAGGAGGCCAUGCAGGAGCUGGCAGGGUCGAUUGUCUACGGCGGCUACAUCCUGGAUGCUGGGGAUGCAGGGGCUGUGCAGAGCUUGAGCCAGCAGUGCUUAUGCAGCACCUCACACCUGCUGCCCCCCCGGGGGGUGAAGACUCUCCUCACCGCCCUCAUCAGAGACUCUGACCCGACUCUGGCGGAGGAGGAUGUGAUCGCAGACACCCGGGCUCGCAUGCAGCAGCUCCCGGGCCCAGCAGACCCAGCCUCCUGUGGGCUGUCCGAGGGCCUCCAGCAGCAGCUGUUGGAGAGCCAGAGCCAGCGCCUGCUUGCAGACCUGCUGCGGUCCCAGGACCUCUGGCAGUCACCCCCCCCGCCGAGCACCCAGCAGGAGGUCCUGGGGCAGCUGGUGCAGCAGGGGCUGGAGAUGGUGCAGGCGCUGCAGGAUGCGGUGCAGCAGCGAGGCUGGGAGGUGGGGGCCAGAGGGCGUCUCCCAGGGGGGUGCACACGGCCAAAGCCCCGGCCCCUGCUUCGCUUCCUGCUGGAGGAGUGUGGCAGCUUCCUGGCCCUGCUGCAGCAGGUGGGCCAAGACCUGCACUGCGCUCAGGAGCAGCUGAAGGGGCAGCCCUGCCAGUCCCUGCGCUGCGCCACUAUCCUGCGGGCACUGGAGCGGGGACGCCUCCCCCGCCCCUGGCUGCCCUACGCACCCACGGGCCCCCAGGACCCAAGCAGCUGGCUGCAGACACUCAAGUGUCGCUGCCACCUGCUGUGCGGGUACCUGGGGGCGGUGGCUGGGCAGCCUGUGCCGCUCUAUCACCUCUCUGCCUUCCAGUACCCACGGCGCCUCCUGCUGGCACUGCUCCAGGAAGCAGCCCGGGCCGAGAAACAGGACCUGGACCACUACCACCUGGACCAACAGGUGCUGUCGGGCCUGCUACCGCCCAGCUCCCCGCCCGAGAGCGGGCUCUACCUGACUGGCCUGGAGCUGCGCAACGCCCUGUGGGACACACGCUCAGCCCUGCUCCAGGAGACGCUCUCGGCCCAGCCCUGCCUGCUGCCCCCAGUCUGGGUGCAGGCCGUGCGGGAGGCCUGGCACCCUCACAGGCCCAACGCCUCCCUGCCGCAGUACAGCUGCCCCAUCUACCUGGGCCUGCCCCAGCAGCCUGUGUGCUUGAGUAGCCAGCGGGCUCUGAUGCACCUGGCACUGCCCUGCAAGAUGCCCCCCGCCCUGUGUGCCCACCGCCGAGUGCACAUUGUCAGCACGCUGCCUGGCCUGGAAUAAGGAGAGGAGAGCGCUGGUGUGUGGGACCAGCAGCCACAGGCCAUUGUGCUGGCAUCAAGGGGCCCCCACACUCCGCGCAGCCCCACGAGGGCUCGAGUCACCUGCAGGAAGCACACAGCAUGGCUCUGGGACUGCCAAGGAACAGGGUGCAGCUGCAGCUGGCCCCCCAUGGGCCCC